UCCCUCCCUCCGUCUUCAGUCGCAGCUCGCAACUGACCUCCGCAGUCUCCGCCGAAUCAACGAUGGAUUCGACACAUUGAUGAUGAUUUGAGAUAAGCCGGUUGGCUCGGAGAUGAAUGGCGUUCUUCAACAAGGGAGCCAAGUCCGCCGCCCUCCACGCCUUUCGCAAUUUCACAUCGAAACGCGCUCUCGGAGCCGCUCCGCGUCCUCCGGUUCUCCGCCGAUUCAGCCGUUGCGGCGCGAUCAGCGGGAACCAGCCCGGUCCCUUUCCGGACGGCGCCAAGCGAUUCCACUCCGCGGAUCGAUCCCAGGCGGCGCCGCAGCAGCAUUUCAAGCCGCCGCGAGGGUCGAGCCGGUGGUUUCGGAAACCUGGGAAAGUGCUGACCUUGCUGGUCCCUGGGGCUUUCGCCGUACUGUACCUGGCGUUCUUGGAGGACGUGCCGUACACGAAGCGGAGGCGUCUCGUGCUCUGGACCAGAGACGUCGAGGGGAGCUGCGGGGAGAAGCUUUUCGACCGGACUAAGGCUUCCUACGAGGGCAAGAUAUUGCCGCCGACGCACCCGAAGAGCGUCAGGGCCAGAUUGAUCGCCCAAGAUAUCAUCGAGGCGCUGCAGAGAGGUGUGAGGAAUGAACAGGGUUGGCAUGAUAUACAUAAUGCCUCGCCGGACACUUUUGAGGGCAGUGAGAGUUCGAAGCCCACGACGUCACAUCUGGAGGGCUAUAAUUUUGAGAUCUUGGUGGUGAAUGAGCCCGUUGUUAAUGCGAGCGCCUUCUUAGGUGGGAAGAUUGUUGUGUUCACAGGACUAAUGGAACAUUUCAGGAAAGAUGCAGAGAUAGCAACAAUAAUUGCACACGAGAUGGCGCAUGUGGUGGCUAGACACGACGCUGAGAAGGCUACAAAAACUGUUGGGCUUAAGAUCAUAGAGCGGAUACUUCGUAUGUUCGCCAAGCCUGACCGUGUCGAUACACUGUCAUCUCAUUAUCUAUGGCUUCCAUUGUGUAGGAGGUUGGAAAUCGAAGCAGAUUAUAUUGGUUUGCUGCUAAUGGCUUCUGCUGGGUACGAUCCUCGUGUGGCGCCUAGAGUAUAUGAGGAGUUGGACAAGGCGAAUGGUUACGCAGCGGGGGGCGAUCUUUCUCCUCAUCCAUCCGGAAAAAAGAGAGCGCAGUUGCUGGCUCAGGCGCCUGUCUUGGAAGAAGCUCUCACUUUGUAUAGGAAUAGUAUCCCAAGCAACGGACACGCAUACAAGCAAAAAUUGCAACUUGCUGAUAAGUCUCAAGAUCUUUUAUUAGCCUCUUCCCCAAGGAAAUGACAUGGCUGUUUUGCUUCCUCCGUUUUUAAAUUUUUUUUUUUUUUGACAUCGAUUUACUAGGUUUGGACACUCAACUUAUUGAUUCGACCAUCCAUGUGAUGUGACGCGCCGAAAGAAACCAUUAUUUUUUACAUUUCUCUUUCCUUCUUUGUCUCAUUGCUUUUUCCUUUUCAUUUUUCCAAAGUGGUCUUCAUUUUUUUCUUUUUAUGUCCAUUGCCAAUGUAAAAUAUGAUGACAUGCGGAAAAAUUUAGUUACAAAGGUAA